AUGUACAACACCAUUCACAUCGAUGAGAAGUGGUUUUACCGUACCAAAACCAAUGAUAGGUAUUACCUGCUGCCGGAUGAAGGGGAACCAUAUCGUACAUGCAAAUCAAAGAGGUACAUUGAAAAGAUUAUAUUUAUGUGUGCCGUUGCCCCACCAAUAUUUGGCCUAGAUGGCAGAUGCAUAUUUGAUGGAAAGUUUGGGAUAUUUCCUUUCACAACCAUGGAGACAGCACAACGGAAUUCAAAAAACAGAAUGAAAGGUACCAUGGAAGUGAAGCCAAUCACAGCAGUUACUAAGGAAGUGAUGAAAUGUUGCCUUUUAAAAGAGAUGAUACCUAACUUUAAAGCUAAGUGGCCAGUGGGAGCAAACAAGCACAUAUAUAUCCAACAAGACAAUGCAAAACCCCACAUAAAACCCAAUGAUCCAGACUUUUUAGCGGUUGCAAAUACUGAUGGUUUUAAAUUCCAACUAGUAUGCCAGCCUGCUAAUUCACCGGAUACAAAUGUCAAUGACCUAGGGUUUUUCAGAGCAAUACAGACAUUGAAGGAUCAAAAACCAGCAGGGAAUGUGGAAGAGUUACUCAAGAAUGUUAAAGAUGCAUAUGAUGAAUACCCACUAGAGAAGCUAAACCAUGUGUUCAUUACUUUGCAAAGUUGUUACCAUGAAAUCAUCAAGGCAAGGGGAGGGAAUGACUACAAAAUUCCACACAUGAACAAAGAAAGACUCUCAAGAUUGGGGUUGUUACCAGAUUGCAUUCAAGUUGAAGAAACACUUGUAAGGGAAACACUACAGUUUCUGGAGUUGGAUGCAAGUGCAGAGGGAGAAAUUUACAACCUUGGAGCAGUCAUAGAAGGGCUGGAGCAGGUUGACAUCACUGAAUAG